CCCCGCCCGCUCUCUCUCUCUCUCUCUCACGGCCGCCUUCGGCUCUCUCUAGCCGCAACAACUCGAUAACCCAUCAGGUUCUUGCAGAGGACAACCAGCGUGAAAUUGUGGAAUUCUGCAUUAAGGAAGGCUUGGUUAUUCUUGCAGACAAGGGUAUUAUGGAGAGUGGGAAAAGAGGAGGCUACAUAGAGAUUCUGACAAUCUGGUCAGAUUCUUGUGAGUCUCGUCAUGAAUCCGCCCAAGGCUUGCUUUUAUUGAAAAUUGUGAUGCUUGUUAAGGAUGAUGUUCCUCCAUGGUAUGCUGAUACCAAUGUUUGUCAGUCAAGGGCUCGUUUGGACUACGGGAUGAGCGGCAGUGCUUCUGUUUAUGGGGAUACUUAUGCUGAAAGUUUCGGCUUGCUUGACUGCUUGGGAGAUCUCACCUGGGAUAUGGUAGUGGUAGAGCUCUCUUUCUUCACAGGAAUCUCAUUCUCUGUAUGGCAGUCGUCAUGGCAUGGGUUAUCGGUAUGCAAAGUUGGUUCUGUUAGCAACAGUGUUGGAAUGUACUCUACAAGCUACAGCAGCAAUUAUCUAUCUCGUGGGCCUGAUGUUGGCAGCAGCUCAUAUUUGUCACUAUAUUUUGGUCGGAGCUUGAGCAGUGGUUGUGGAUACUUGGGGAGUGGUGGUUCUGGAUCUUACUACUGAGGUGCAUGAACUGCUUUUCUGAUUCUGUUGUUUUGUUUAUAUGGUUUGCCACAUGUGAAACUAUAUGCGUAUUUUCUAUUUGAAUGUCGUUCUUGUUGGGGAUUAAUCUUAUGCAAGAGGGUAUUACUUCGCUUUUCUCUAGCAGUCUUGAGCAGUAAGUUCGGAGCUUUUGGUCCCAUGGAUUUGUCUUUUUGACACAGAUUCCACAUCACAGGUGGCUGGUGUAGCCUGUCACCGAGCAUAUUCAGCUUCUGUUUUAGUCUGAAGUAUUUGUAGGUAUGAGUUGGAUUAGAAUUACUUGGCGAGAACUCUAUGGGCUUGUUGUUGACAACUAAGAAGGCAAUGUUU